CUACCAAGAAAUUAAAUCCCACAAACCCAAAAAACAAAUAAAAUAAAUAAUCUUCAUAAAGAAAUGCAUACAAACACUCUGCUUCUCUGUAUUUUCCUCCUUUUCCGUGUAAUUGUGGCCGGAAACAGAGACAAUGCCGGCGACUCUGUAAACCCUUUUACACCAAAAGCUUAUUCGAUUCGUUAUUGGAAGAAACAAAUUUCAAAUAAAUUACCCAAACCAUGGUUUCUUCUAAACAAAGCUUCACCAUUAAAUGCUGCACAAUUUGCAAAAUACAUAAAGCUAGCAGCAGGGGAUCAAGAAUCUCUGUCAAAAGAAAUUCAGUCAUUUUGCUCCUCUGCAAAUCUGCUCUGUUUUCCUGAUAUUUCAUCAAGUUUAGAUAAACAUGGUCAAGAUGUGCAAUUUUCUUCAUACAUGAGCAAGAAUUUCACAAAUUAUGGCAACAAAUUGCCACGCGGUUUUGAUAGCUUCAAGAAAUAUGCAGAAAAUGAAAACCUUCCUGUGAAUUCUUUCCGUCAAUAUAGCCGCGGUGGCGCUGGCCAUGAUGAUAUAUUUUCUACUUACGCACCGAACGGCAAUGUGAUUGAUCAAAGCUUCAACACUUAUGGCACAGGCCUUGCCGCUUUUGGCAUUGGCCAAUUCAAGAUCUAUGGGCCCAAUGUCAACGUGCCUAAUCUACAAUUCACAACCUACUCAACUGAGGGAGUAGGCAGAAAACAAUCUUUUACAAGCUAUACAAAAGAUACAAAUUCUGGGAGCCAAUCUUUCACAAGCUACGCAAGAAAUGCUAACGGAGCAGUUAACGAUUUUACCAGUUAUGCUAACAAUUCCAACGUAUUAGGCUCAACAUUUACCAGCUAUGGUGAAUCGCAAAAUGGCGGAGGCAACACGUUCAAUUCUUACGGGUCUAAUGCAAAUGUACCAAAAAAUACUUUCAAGAGUUAUGGUUUAUCAGGUAAUGCUCCUUUCGAGACGUUUAUAAAUUAUCGAGAUAAGUCUAACGUUGGAGACGAUAGUUUUUUAUCGUACGUCGAUGAUCCAAAUAGUGGUAGAGCACAUUUUCAGAAUUAUGGUCAGUCAUUUGGUGAAGGAUCUGAUGGAUUUAGUAAAUAUGGUUCUAAAAUUACUGAUGUACAAACUAUUGGAUUUGAGACUUAUGGUGUGAACACAACUUUUAAUGAGUAUGGAAAAUCAAUUCCUACAUUUGCUGAUUACAAAAAUAAGACAAUUAUUAAUCAGCUUUCAUCUUCCUUGAUGGGCAAAUUUUUUAGAGAGAACAUGUUGAAAACAGGAACUAUAAUGCCAAUGCCUGAUAUUCAAGACAAAAUGCCAAAAAGAUCGUUUUUGCCUAGAGUGAUAGCGUCGAAAUUACCAUUUUCUACGUCGAAAAUUAGGGAGUUAAGAAAAAUUUUCCACGCGGGAGAUGAUUCUCAGAUGGGGAAAAUGAUCGGCGAUGCAUUGGUGGAGUGUGAAAGAUCCCCGAGCGCUGGCGAGACAAAAAGGUGUGUCAACUCAAUUGAGGACAUGAUUGACUUUUCAACCUCCGUGUUAGGUCGAAACGUCGUCGUUCGGACAACUGAGAACACGAAAGGGUCAAAGGGGGAUAUCAUGAUAGGAUCAAUCAAAGGAAUCAACGGUGGGAAAGUAACCAAAGCGGUAUCAUGUCAUCAGAGUUUGUUUCCAUACUUAGUUUAUUAUUGUCAUUCGGUUCCAAAGGUUCGGGUCUACGAAGCGGAUAUAUUGGAUCCGAAUUCUAAAGCCAAGAUUAAUCACGGUGUUGCCAUCUGUCAUGUGGACACGUCAGCAUGGGGUGCCAAUCAUGGAGCUUUUAUGGCACUCGGGUCGGGACCCGGAAAGAUUGAGGUUUGCCAUUGGAUCUUUGAGAAUGAUAUGACUUGGACAAUUGCUGAUUGAAAUGGAUCUUCCAUUGUUCUUAUUUGGGUCGGAUCAAUUGUUAGGCCCUAUGCCCCUAUGUUCACCAGCAACUUUAUAUUAUAAAUAUUUAUUACUAUUAUAUAUAAGUCAGUGUUCUUUUUUCAGA